AUGCUAGUAGGUAUACUCAUACUUGAAGGCGAACCUGAUCGAUGGUUGUGGGUUGCGGAUAGUGAGGGCAAGUACACGGUUAAGUCAGCUUACAGUGUGUUGCAGGGUGAAAUUCCUACAGAUGCAGAUUUUAAUUACAAUAACAUCUGGACAACGUUUGCAACUACGAGCAGUAAUACAUUUACAUGGAGGGCACUAAUGGAUCGUAUCCCAUGUAAGCUCAAUUUGAUGCGCAAGAAUGUUAUAAAUCGAAUUGAGGAGGUAACUUGUCCCCUGUGCAAUGAGGUGGAGGAGUCUACAUCCCACAUUCUAUUUUGCUGCUCAAAAACCUGGUUGGUGCGGGCAUGCUGCUAUAGAUGGUUAGGCAUAUCUACAGCCCUCCCAAGUGAAGUUAUGGCUCAUUUCUCACAACAUAGUGGCAUCCUCAGUAACAAAAAUCAGAAGCAGGGAUUGAUGACUAUCUGGACAGCAAUGGCAUGGUCCAUAUGGACAUGUAGAAACAUAGUUGUGUUUGAUGGGCAAGGUUGGGACUAUGAGAGGGUUUUUGAGCUGGCACAGUUGAAGUCUUGGAACUGGAUACAAGCCAAGUCCAAGGAAUUUACGUGCUCUUUUUAUGAAUGA